CAUGGAAACGUGCCACACAAAAUGUGUCCAACUGUUUCCGGUUAUGGGAGUGAUGUAGAGUUUACAUUUUAAAGUAUUUGUUUGCAAUUAUUAGUACGUUUAUAUGUAAUUGUUAAUAAAAUUGUAAAUAUUCGCGUGUAUUUAUUUUUCGCUAGACAUAUUUACAUGAGAAUAGUAAAAAUAUUUUGAUGAAAUAUGUGCACGAACAGUGACGUGUUUUUAUCUUGACAGCAUAAACAAAGCUACCACAUUAAAAGGCGCAAUAUUCAGCACGCAGAUAAGAAGCGGAUAAAAUUUUACAUGUUAUUUCCUCAUAUUUAUGUAGCUAAAUUUAUAAUGUGGGGUACAUCAGAAGAGCCACCAGGGACAAUGGAAGGGGAUUCUCCUGAAUCAGUGGUGCAAGCAAAAGAAAAAUGUGAACAAAAUAAAAGUCAGUUGGAAUCUCUUAAAGAGAUUAUGUUAAAAAAUAAGCAAAGUUUAAAGAAGAAAGAAGAGGAGGUUCAGGAAUAUGCAAGGAGACUAUCCAAAAUUAAAUCUAGAGCCAAAUUGUCCCGUAGAAGUAAAGAAGGAAAUGUACCUUGCAAAGAUGUAACUCCCUCAUCCGAAACAUCGUCGGUGGAUACGUCCGAAGAAACCAUCGACGAUAUUAGUCAAGCAAAAACUGCGAAAGCAAAGUCUACUUUACUCCAAAAGAAAUUGGCAGAGAAUAGGAAAGUAUUUGAACAACGUAGCAAAGAAAUAACCGAAACCAAACGAGCAGUUGAAGAAAAAGUAGAGGCUAUUAGGCAACAAUUGGAAGAGUCAGAUGCAUCAGCAAUGGGUUUUCAGAAGGAUCAGUUACCUGUUAUACCUGUUCAGCCAGUCAUGAUUACUUCAGAUGUCAUGUCGCCAAAACAGAUAGAGAGUAUCCAAGAGUAUGAGAGUACCAUUGCAGUACUUUAUAGCAAAAUUGUUGAAUUGGAAGCUACCAUUGUAGACCUUCAAGAGAACUUGAAAGAAAAGGAUUCGGUUAUUGAUUCUAAAACAAAGGCAGUCACCCUUAUGUCCGCCGAUCUUUCGAAAAAGGGUAAAACAACUUUGGACACCCUCGAAGACGUGAGAGACGAAAUGCGAACGAUGCAGGAACAUUUUAUAUUGUUAGAGUCAUCGCUGAAAAAUAAAAAUCAGAACCUCUUAGAGCAACUGCAAGAAAGGGAUAAUAAAAUAACGGAAUUGGAAGAUUUGGUUAAACGAUUUGAACAACGGGAAUUGUCUACGACAACUAGUGCCGAUACAUUAAUGGAAACAAGAGAAGCCAUGAAAUCCAUGCAAGAAAAUUUUGUACUUAUAGAAUCUUCCCUGAAGGCCAAAAAUGAUAAUCUACUUCAGCAGCUAACAGAUAACGAAUUGAAGCUAGCAGAAGCUAAUGAACGAAUAUUUAAACUAGAAUCGGGUAUUGGAAUAGUUAAGGACCCAACGGUUGACGAUUUACAAUAUAAACUAGAAAAGUUGGAACAUAGCAAUAAACAAUUACAGGAUGAGAAAUAUGAACUGCAGAAAAAUGUAGCAGAAUUACAAGAUAAAAUUCUUAAUUCAUCAGUGAACGGUAACGGUGCUUUAAUCGAGAAAGAUAAUAGGAUAGUUGAACUUGAAAACUUAAUUGAAGAAUUGAAGCAGUCUAACAAGCUCCUUGAAGAAGAAUCCAAAGCAGAGUUACAACAGAAAGUAGCGGAUUUAACUGAGAAAAAUGAAGAAUAUUCGAAUAAAAUAGCAGAUCUUGAAAGUUUGGUGCACGACCUCGAGGAACAAAAUAGCGAUAUUGCGGCGAGGUUAUCCGACAAGAGUAGUCUUAAAGAAGAUGAAAAAGUGGCAAAACUUACUAAAGAAUUAGAAGAACUGAAUAAGAGUAUGAUAAAGAUUAAGGCACAGCAUAGGAGUAAAGUAAAGAAUCUGCAGAAACAAUUAGAAAAUGUUAAGAAGGUAUCUGAUACAAACGCGGAACUUGUCAGACUGGGGAAUCAAGUGGCAUUAUUAGAGGAAGAGAAAGGUAACCUACAGCUGAGUCUGGUAGACUUUGACGAGCUUAAAGCCUCAGCAGGAGAUUGGCAAGAACGUGUUGUUGAUCUUGAAAGUAAAGUUUCUGCUCAAACGAAAGAAAUUGAAAUGCAAAUUGAAGCCAUUGCCACUUUAGAGAAUCAAAAAUUGGAUCUUAUGCAAGAGCUGCACAUGGCAAAACAAGAGAUUUCAUCUUUGGAGGCAGAGAAUGCAGAGUCUGAAAAUCUUCGAGUAACUGCAGAGAUGAAAGUUGUUGAUCUCGAAGAACAGUUGGAAGCAAUGCACAAAUUGCAAAAUGAUAACAAAUUGGAAUCUUCAUCCGAAGCUAAUCAUACAGAGCUGGUUAAACAAGUGGAAGCUUUGACUCAGGAGAAUGCAGAACUGUACAACAGGAUAUCAAAAUUGGAAGAAAAAGGAACAUCUGAAACUGGAUCCACAGAAUCAUUCGAAGCCAUACAGGAAUUAGACAAGAGUGAUUUAUUGAAAAAGAUAGAGGACUUGAUACAUAAGAACAACGAAUUAACUCUUAAAGUAAGUCAAUACCAAGAGAGAGAGAAUUCUCAUGCCGGAUCUACAGAAUGGUUAGAAAAGAUAAACGACGGGGACAAAAAUGAACUGUUGAAGAAGAUUGAACAGUUGACUCAGGAGAACAAUAACUUAUCAAUGAAGUUAAGUAAAAUAGAAGAAAAAGGAUCUGACACAGGCUCGACAGAAUCUUUUGAACGUAUUCCGGAGCAUACUGAGAGUAUGAUGAAAAUUGAGCUGCUGACGCAAGAGAAUUACGAGUUGGUGAUCAAGUCCACAAAGCUUGAAGAACAGUUGGAGAAAAUGGUACACAUAGAAGCUAAACUAAAAGCAGAAAUCGCAAUUCUGCAACAGGAGAACGUAGACAAAGCUUCAGAGGUAGACAGACUUGAGGCUGAAGUGAAAGACCUUGUCGAAGAAAAAGAUCAGUUACAAAAACAAAUUGAAUUAUUGACCACAAAGAAGAGUGACUUGGUGCAUACUAAAUUAGAAGACCAAAGUUCUCCACUGGAACCAGAAACAGUUGACUCUUCUGAAGAAUCGAAGGCUGCUGAUAUUAAAGCAGAAGGUGAUGCAUCAACUGAGGACAUAACUCAGGAUCUCCAGGUCAACGAAUUAAGCAAGAGAAUAGAAGAGUUGCUGCAGGAAAAUGGACAGGUGCUUUCAAAGCUGUCAGACCUUGAAACCUACAAUGAGAGGUUGAAGGAAGACCUCAAGGAAAUGGCCGAAGAGAAAGAAAAAUUGCAAGCAAAAAUAAAUGAAAUGCAAGAUGAGAAGAUAGACACAGUUCAAAAAUCGGAAGAACUGAGUCGAGCGAAGAGAAGUGUCGUUCAAGAGAAAGAAGAAACGGAAGAAUUUUUGUCCCAGCAAACAGAUACGAUCGUUGCUUCUUUGGAACACGACAUAGAAGAAUGUAAGAGGUUGAUCGUCGACCAGACUGGCCUAAUAGAAGAGAUGAAGAUAAAGCUAGCACACAAGGAAGCAGAGUUGGAAGAGAAGAGUAAGCAGAUCAUGGAACAUGAAGCGUCUGGAAAGAGGAUUGAGAGCUUGGAGCACGAGCUGAUGGAGAUGCAGAACACUAUAGAAGAGUGGAAAUACAAGUGCAACGAGAUGCAAGAGAAAAUGGAGAAGCUGGAAGAAGGAAAAGCUUCCAUCGAAGAAGGAUUCAGAAUGUUGCAGAAUGAGAACAAGCUUCUGCAGGAAGAGAACAAAGAGAAGGACGCAGAGACCGCUCAACUGAAGCAACAGUUGCAGAAUACUAUGACAACCUUCGAAUCGAAGCUUCAAGAGCAGCUUGCAGCGGUGUCGCAGAAGGAGGACGAAAUCGUCGCCUUGAAGCAGAGCAUCGAAGAGAAGGAUCAAGAGUUACACGCCAAGUACACCGAACUGCAAAAUAAGAUGAUCACGAUAGACAGCUUGCAGGAUGAGUGCAACAACUGCAAAAUGUUGCUUCAGGAGAAAAAUAAUGCGCUGACGGAGAUGUCUGACGAGGUUCUGAACCUUAACAACGCGAUGAAGAGCAAGGAAGAUGAAAUUUACGCUUUGAGAAAGGAAGUCGAGGAACUGAACGAGAAGGUGGAGGAGUCGAAGCCUUUGAAGGACUACAACGAAUUGUUGGAGCAGAUCAAAAAUAAGGAUAUGAUCCUGGACGAGCUGCAUUGCAGGAUCAACGCUACGACGAAGGAGAACAGUAACCUGUUAGAGAAGGUGAAGACCUUGUCCCAGCAGAAUGGCAACGUUCAGAGUCAGUUGGCUGACAAGCAAAAGGAACUCGUCGACCUGGCUAUGACAAAGGAUCACCUGGAGGCUCAGAUAGUAGAAAUUAGGAACGACAAGGAGGACGCUGAAAGACGAGUCUGGCAACUACAGGACAUCAUAGACAAUCAUGGCAAAUUCGUCGAGGACCUUCAAGCAGAAUUACGGGGUUCCUACAAGAAGCUGGAGCAGCUGAAGGCUAAGCACUCGGAGGACGUCGCGCUACAGAAUCAGAGGCUCGAGAACUUGAUAGAGGAGCUGAACUCUAAAACGCAGGAAUGCGAAACGUUGAGGGAUGAGCUGCAAGAGAAAGAGCGACUAGUCGGUCAGAACGUCACUGAAGAGGUUAAAGUCGCGCUGGAGUCCAAGGUCGCUGAUCUGGAGCAGAAGUUGAAGGACUACGAGGACAAGAUACAGGCGCAGCUGGAAAAGAUGAAGAAGUUAGCUGCGAACUUGAAGAAGAAGACCACGGUGUGCCAGGAGUUAGAAACCAGGGUUACGGAGCUCGAAGAGAAGUGGACGACCGAAAAGGACGAGAAGGAGGCGAAGAACAAGCAGAUCCAGGACGUGGAGAUCGCGAUGCGCGAGAAGGACAAUAGAAUAGCAGACCUUGAGGAGAAACUUGCGCAGGCGAAGAACGAGAAUGCGGAGGCCUUCAAGAACAUCGACGAGUUGACUAACGAUCUGACCAACUCGAAGGAGAAGAUGUCCUUGCUGUCGGAGCAGAUCCAGGAAAUGGAGGCGGAGAUCACCCACCUGCGAUCCGAGCUCGAAACCCGAACAGCAGAGCUCGCCGCUGAAAAAGAAGCCAAAGAAAAUACAGUUUCAGAUUACGAGGCCUACAAGCUACAUGUCAUUCGAGAGAACGAGCUGAAGCAGUCGGAACUUGAAGAGGUAAAGGAGAAGGCGAGGGAGCUGAGCGUCAGGAUGCAGGUUAUGGAGGCGGAAUACAUGGAGCAGCUCGCGCUGAUCAAGAAUCUGACGGCAGAGAACGGGUUGCUGUUGUCCAAGCAGACACAGAUUAACGAAAAAUUGGAGAACGUUGAGAAAGAGUCGGAGGAGCGAAGACUGUUGCUCUUGCAGUUGCAGAAGGUGAGCGUGGACACUGUGACCGAGAGCAUACAGGUCACAGAGGAGGAGAGCACCGAGGAUGAAGGAAAAGUCGGCGGUGCGCAACACUGCGAUCAUUGCAAGCAGUGUCAGACUUUGGUUCAAGCUUUGGAAGCAAAGUUACAGGAACGAGAAGCUGAAAUCGAGAACCUCGACAACGAACUGGCUAACUCGAUCGGUAACUUCGUUCGAAUGAAUCAGAUUAGCGGGAGAAACAGAAGCUUAGAGGAUCCCUACAACGAUCUUCUGUUCCAGUACAACUCGUUGAUAUCCAACCAUGAAGAGGUGAAGGCGAGACUGGAGGAAACCUUGAAAGCGAACAAGGAGCUCAUAGAAAAGAUCGAGCACUUGCAGUCCGUGAAUGCUACCCUGGAGGAGACCGUGACAACUCAGCAAACCGUGGAGGACCGCGAAGGGCGAGCAGUGAUCAUUGAUUUGGCGAAGAAGUGCGAGGAGGUAGAGACCUAUAAGAAACACGUUGACGAAUUGGAACAGCGAUUGAACUCUCAGAUGAUUCUCCUUCAGUCAGCGGAGGACGUCAAGAAUAAUUUGCAGCAAGAGCUCGAGAGCCUGAAGAGCGACAAGGAGACGGAUCAGAAGUUGAUAGAAGAUUUGAGAACCGAACUUGACGGGUUCAAAAAUCAGAGCGCUGAGUUUGAAAAGAGGGUAGUCAAGAGGGAAGCAGCCUUUCCUCAAGAUCAACAGGACAACGCUGCAAGGUUAUUCGAUGCCUCCAAGAUCUUCGGAACGUCCUUCGCUCCUGACACCGAUUUCCCGACCGACAGGGACGCGAAACGGUUGCAGGAUCUGCUCCAAGAGAAGGAGGCGCAGUGUUCGAACCUGACGCAGGAGAUCAACCACCUGCAGAAGCUGAUGGUGGAAGAGAGGUCGCAGAUGUCACAGAACUACAGCCAGUGCGUUCAAGAGUUAGAAUUCUCGCGCGAGAAGCUAAAGACUCUAGAAAAUUUAGAGCAGACGCUGAGCGAGAAAGAUAGGCAGAUCGACGGGUUGAACACUGAGGUACAAAAUCUGAACCUUCAGAUAAUGGAGCUGCAAAACGAUACGUUACUGGCCAAGGACAGUCAACUCGAAGAACUGAGGUCGAGUCUGAAUUCCACCAGAGAGGUUCUGGACGCGAUGGCCGCCGAGCGGGACCAACAGAGCGCCCUGUUGGAGUCGUUCAAGGUACAGGUGACAAAUCUGGAGGCAGAGCUGAAGAAUUCCACCGAUUCCGAAGUGAUCUUCGACUUGGAGAGUCGCGUAUCCUCCUUGACGAAGGAGAGAGACCUGAUGCAGUUGCAAGUGAACGACCUGACGAGGUCCAUAGAGGAGUUGAAGGACUCGAUGGGCGCUGAGUUGCAUAAAGUAACUCGUGAGAGAGACGAAGCGAAAGAUAUGGCCUCCAAUCUUAGUCGAGCCCUCGAAGAAGCCUACAGACAGUCCCAAACGUCCACCAUGACUGACACAUCGACCAAGGAGUCCACUCCUGAGGAAGUUCCGCGAGAUCUGGAGAACCCACCUACAAAACUCGUUUUUGAAGAUGUACAGGGAGCUGCGCCAGCGGUGAACCCAUCAGAGAUUCCUGCAGACGAGGGAACAGGAUGGGACGAAGAAAAGCUGAACGUUGACGAAGAAACCUGGGGCUGGGACGCGGACGAAGCUCAGCUGAUUGGCGAACCCGUUACCGCGAGUCUCAUUCCCAGCGCGGAGUUACAACUGCGGGCAAAAGUGGACGACCUCGAGGAGCGAAUUAGGGACCUGGAGAAGGAGCGCGACAAGAUGCUGGAAGAGAGCAAAGCGGCCCAGCUGAGGAACGCGAAGAUGAUCAAGAAGCUGAAGGGGUACAAGGGGCAGGUGGAGAGCCUGCAGCAGCAGUUGAAGAUACAGAAAUCGACCAGCGAGUUCGAUCAGCUUGAUUCGGCGAUAGAGGAGGAGCUGAAGUGCCAGAUCAGCAAGUUGGAAAAAACCUUGAAGGAGCUUCAAGAGGAGCAGAAGAACACCGUCGCCGAGAAGGAGGCUUUGACGAAGCGUUUGGACGUCCUCGUGUCUGCGAACGAGAGGUAUAUGGAGAUGAAGGAGAGGCAGGACAUGGAAAUGGAGGUGUUGCGAAUUCGGAACAAGGAACUGUCUGACAAGGUGGAGGCUCUCGACAGGAAGCUGCAGAGUGCAGCCAAUCCAGAAGAGGGCGACGUUCCCCGACACGAAGGCGAGAAAAGCAAACCUGAUCAGGACUACGAAAGUUCGUAUAAACUUUAUAAGGACAAGUACGAACGCCUCGAUGACGAGGUGGAUAAACUCAAGGAAGAGAUAGAGCUUCGGCAGUCGGAGAACGAACAGCUGGAAGACGUUCUUAGGAAGCAGCAUGUAGAAAUAACUAAGUUGGAGUCGAAACUAAAGGAAGAAGAGAACAAGUCCAUCGAAAUAGUGGACGACUUGAAUAAAAGGAUCUCGGAGCUGCAGUCGAUGCUCAGCAAGUCCAGAGAGGAGUAUGACCUCCUGAGGAAGCAGUACGAGCAGAGUUUAAUGGACGCUAACGACCAGGUGACCGCCAUGCGACAGAACACCGACUUCUUCAAGGAAGAAACUCACGACAGGAUCGCCAAACUGGAAACGCAGGUCGCUGAGCUCCGUCAACAUCUGCAGACAUCAGAAUCGAACGUCACGGACCUACAGAAGAAUCUGCAGGAUGUUUCCCAAGAGAAACUGAGCCUGGAAGAAAGACUGACUUCUUCGGAAAAACAGCUUUCUUCGGUAAACGCUUCUAUGGCUGAGGUGACAGAUCUGCUGAAUAUCAGGAUACAGGAAGUUGCGGACUUGAAGCAGGAGCUCCAGAGGCAGUAUGUCAGUCACGAAGAGGUGAAGAUGAAGCUGCAGGAGACCAUACAGGAGUUGAACCAGGAGCUCGUUGAGAAGAAACAACAGUUGGAGAACUUGAAGACGUCGCUAACCGAAAAGGAAAACGAAUUCGUCCAGCAACAGAGCGUAGAAACCGUCAGCGCCCUGGUGAGCCAGGCUACUCAAGAACUUGUUCAGAAACAUGCGAUCGAGGUGGAAGAGAAAGAGAAACAGAUACAGAAUCUUCAGGGUAAACUGUCGACCCUAGAAGCAGCCAUGAACGAUCCCUUAGAGAAACAGAACAGCGCUCAAUUCGAUGCCCAGCAGCAGGAGCUUGAAUUGCUGAAGCAGAAUUUGGCGGGAAAGGACUCGACCUUGGAAUCUUUACAGACAGAUUUGGCGUUCUUGAAGGACCAACUGACCGAGAAGGAAAAGAACUUGUUCAGCAGCAACGAAAGGCUUCAAGGACUCGCCGCAGAGAAUGAAGGUUACUUGGAAACAAUUGGAAAAUUGCAGCAACGUGUGCAAGAGCUUGAAGCGAUCCCCGGCAACACGAAUGAACUGGUAUCGAGGAUUCAGAGUCUGGAAGCGACCUUGAUGGAAAAAGAAUCGCUCCUAACGCAGACCACCGAGCAAUGCACUAUCUUGCAGAAGUAUGAGCUGGAGGUUGAUACCCUGAAGAAGCAGCUGACGGAGACAACCGAACAGGUAAAUCACCUGAACUCUGAUCUGGAAGCUACUCGCAGAGUGCUUGAAGAGACCAGACAGGCCUUGAGCGAGAAGACCUGUAUGUUGGAGAAGUGUAAUCGUAUGCUGAAAGAAACGGAAUCAGUUGCCGAACCUAGUCGGCCAAGUGCCGCGAACAUAGUGGACGGUCUGCCACUCUUCAGGAUGGGCGACGACAAUCACGACCACCAGCAGACGAUCGACGCGAUGCAGGCUGAUCUUGAGAAGAAGCAGCAAGAGAUUGAACAUUUAAAGUACGUGCUGAGCGAGAGCACGUACCCAAAUAUUAUCCAGGAGAUGCAGGAUACUAUCAACUGUCUAUACGACGAGAAGUCCGAGCUGAAGUCGACCUUGGAUAUGGUCAGCCAGCAAGUCACGGAUAACGAGAAGGCGAUCGCCGAUCUGAAGGCACAGAAUCAGGAUCUACUCUCCAAGGAAGCCAACCUGGCUUCCAGGGAACGAACGUCCAUGCAGGAUCAGGAGAACAUCGUUAAAUUGCAGAACGAGUUGCAUACUAAAGAACAAGAGAUCAACGAGCUGAAGUACAUUAUAGCUGAAAAGGACUCGCAGUUGUCCCUUCAGGCGAGUAUGGAGCCUCAGUCCGACGACUUCGAGUUGCGCGAGAUGGUGCAGAGGCUGACUGCCGACCUGUAUGGCAGGGAGCAGGAGGUUCAGCAGCUGAAGUCAACCAUUGCAGGACUGCAGAUGGAAGUCUCCCGUCUGCAGGAGUUCGAGAGACUCUCGGAGGAGACCAAGGACGCCAUACAGAAGCUUAACGAGGAGAAGGAGCGGAUAAGGUUGGAGGCGCAGGAAUUCCUAGAAAGAAAGCUGCAGGAGAAGGAAAUGGAAAUAGGUGAAAUAAAGCAGAGGUUGUUCGCUGAAAACCAACGAAUCCUGGAAGAGUUACAGUUGAGGGACAGGGACAUCGAGAACCUGAAGAGGCUGCUGCAAGAGUCUUCCGUGAGGGAGCAGACGAUGAUGAAUAAGCUACAUCAGAAUGAGGAGAACAUUGCUAGGAUCAGCAACGAUUUGGCGGAGAAGGAACGAAGAUUGGCAGAGCUAAGUAUCACCAAGGACACAGAGCUUCACAAUUUGAAGGUUCAGAUCCAUGAAAAGGAAGCUCGCAUAGAAGAGCUCAUGUUACUGUCCGAUGAAGAAGAGAAACAACUGAAGGAAUUGAGGAACGUACUAGAAGCUAGGGAAACGGAGAUAAAUUCUCUGAAGAAACUGUUGGAGGAUAAAGUAAAGGAAUUCGAACUGAUUCAAAAUGUCUUGAAAAAGGACGUUCCUGUAGUUCAAGCUUCCACGGCACAAGGCGAGAAAUCUUCUGAUGAGGAGAACAAAGCGUUCAUAUCGCAGGAGUUAGACUUUGCUAUGUACAUGCUUCAUCAACGAGACGUCAGGUGCGAAGAACUGACGCAUGAACUAAUGCAGUUGCUCGAAGAACGAGACACUUUGCAGUUGCGUUUGUCUAACGCAAUUAGAGUAAACGAGGAGCUGAGGAGGGCGGGUGGUUCCGAUGAUACUCAGAAGAAUGAAGCCUCCACCUCAGUUAGCGAAGAACCAAUGGUGGAACAUCCUUCGCCUUCCAAAUCCCAAGGACCUGUUGAGAUUGCCAAGGAGGCCAUUGAUGCUCCCAUUGGGGAAGAUAAAGAGUCUCUUGCCCUGAAUUUUCCCUUUAGGCUGUCGCAGUUGCACACGGUGAACCAUGCAAAAGACGUGAGAUUGAGGGAUGAACGAGAGUUGAGACAUAUCCAGCAAAUGUCUUUGCUAGCACACAAAGAUGUUCUAAGUACCUUACCACCUGAAGCAGCUGCCAGGCUCGUCAAUGCAAAUUAUACACUCUCUAGAGACGUUCAAAGCCAGUCGAGCGUUCUGUUUAAUUGGUUGUGGGGAAAAAGUACGCCAAAAGUGGUACAUAUGUGAUGGGAUACCAUGAACACCAAAGUGGACACUAUCCUUGCCUUUUGGACACAUUCCUGCCAAGUGCCAACUGCCAAACUAUUCCUGUCAUUUGGACUAGAUCAGAGGAGAUAAAAUCGCAAUUACGUUUUUUAAGACGUUUCGACUGGUUCCUUAAAAUUGCGAGAGCGUGAUAACACUGUCCAAUACAUUUCAAUUUUUUUAUGUGUUUCGAUAUCCACUAUACAUUUUCUAGAAUCUCGUCUAUUGAUUGUGAGUCUAUCAUUUUUCAUCUUAUAUAUAUUUAGAUAUUAAGUUAGGUUAAGUAUCUUGUUUAUCAACUUGAGUACCAAGAUUUAAUUUCUUUCUAAAUAUUUAUCAUAAAUUUGGUUUCAAGAAGGGAAGAUAAUUUGGAGAUCCAUAAUCAAUAUAUGAAACUUAAUAGGAAAUGCACAGUGGAUGACAAAACACCAAUUAGGUGUUGGACAGUGUACUGUAAAAAUGUUAAGUGCUUCACUCAAUCUAAAGGUCUAAAGUAACCGUAUUUUUAAUUCGACACUAUGUGUUGAUCAUGAUUCCUUGAGGCUUCUAAAGAAAGAAAAAGAGAAUAAAAAAAUACAAAGUCGUUCCUCUUCGGAACAGAAGAGCUUCGGAAGAAAUGACUUUUAACUGUAUUAUAAUCGUUGUAUAGCCAUCGUGCUUAAGUGAAUUGUAAACAAAACAUUGCUUUGGAAAAAAUGUAUAUUUCAGUUA